AUGAGUAUUUUUACACCUGUAAAUAAUAAAACACUUACGAAUAUAGUUGUUGUAAGAUAUAAAAAGGGAGCUGCUAAAUUCGAAAUUGCAUGUUACCCAUCAAAAGUACAAUCUUAUAGAUCAAAAAUUGAAAAAGAUUUAAAUGAAGUAAUUCAAAUUCAUAGAAUUUUUACAAAUGUAUCAAAAGGUAUUAUUGCGAAAAAGGAUGAAUUAAUUAAAGCAUUUGGAACAGAUAACGAACAAGAGAUUAUAUUAUUGAUUUUAGAAAAAGGUGAAUUACAAGUUUCAUCAAAAGAGAGAGAUAACCAAUCAGAGCAGACAUUUAAGGAUAUAGCAACCAUUGUGGCAGAGAAAUGUGUAAAUACAGAGACCCAACGUCCAAUUCCAGUAUCGAUCAUUGAAAAGGCAAUGAAAGACGUCCACUACUCAAUUCACCCAACUAAAUCAUCCAAACAACAAUCAUUAGAAGUUAUUAAACAAAUCUCAUCAGUUAUUCCAAUUCAAAGAGCACAAAUGAGAUUAAAUAUUACAAUUCCAACUAAAGAAUCUAAAACUUUAAAUCGUGAUAAAUUGAUGGUUUUAGUUUCAAAAAUUGAAGAAGAAGAUCGUGAUGGUGGUGGUUUAUCAAUCGUUUGUUUAGUUGAUCCCGGUUCAUAUAGAAAAAUAGAUGAAUUAAUAAAACAAGAAACUAAAGGUAAAGGUUUUAUUGAUAUCAUAAAUUUAGCUGUUGCAAAAGAAGGUGAAACUAAAAUUAAUGAAACUGGUAAAUCUGCUCCAACCUCCACCACCACUACUACCACCACCACAACUUCAUCUUCAAAAUAA